AUGGCACCAAGACAAUCAAAAACUGCUAAAAGAAACAAAACACAGAAUAAAACUAGAACGGUAGAUUCUGAAGUGUUCUCAGACUCCGCUGCCAAAAACUUGUUAGCUGAUCAACCAAAACUAACACCAAAGUCAAAAGUGAAAAAGAUUUCAAAAUUGGCACUUAAAAAACAGCAAGCAAAAAUAAGGUUAUACGGAGCUAAAAAUGGAAAGGAAUAUAGAGAAGAUCAGUUGGAUAUACCCACCUUGAACAAAGCAAUUGUUCCAGGUGUUAAGGCUAAGCGUGGGAAAAAGGGUAAAAAGUUUGUUGAUGACAACGACACUUUGACUUUGAAUAGACUUGUCAAAUCUAUAAAUGACAAAUACGACCAAGUCAAUGAAAGUAAAUUGGAAAAAUCAAGAAGAUUAGAGGAGAUACGAGACUUGAAAAGACAAGAGAUUGAAAGAAAAGAACAACUAAAGAAGGACAAAUUGGAAGGUAAGAAAGAUGAACUUCGAAGUAAGGCUUCAGUGGCUCGUUCAAAUAGAAGAAAAAAUGCAAAGGCAAGAAGAGCUGAGGACGAAUCUCAAGAAGAUGAGUUACCAAAGAAUAAAAAGAAAGUAUCUUUUGUAUAA